AUGCGACUGUUCUUCAUCCGACAUGGAGAGACCGAACACAACGUAGCUGGUCUGUUGGCUGGGGUUACUGACUCGCGUCUCACGAACCAUGGAGUCUUACAAACACAACGACUAGCUACGUAUCUUGUGGACAAGCGACAGCUGCGCUUCUCCCAGGUAUUCGCGUCUGAUUUACAACGCGCGUUGCGAACAGCAACCGCGAUAUGUGAUGUCCAAAGCAGCAACAACAAGAGCAGUCAGAUUACCCCAACCUCGUUGGCGCUAAUAAGAGAACGAGACUUUGGCUCCUUCGAGCUUUUGCCUUGGCACCGCUCUCAGCAAGCGCAUCAGAAUGAUCCCGUCGUUGCUGACUCCGAGCACAAGCCAAAAGAGACAAAGGAUGAAAUGAAGGUUCGAGCCAAUGCAUUCUUGGAUGACUAUCUGCUGCCCUUACUCGUGGUAGAUGAAGAGUCGGAACAGUGCGUGGCAGUCGUAUCUCACGGCUUGUUCCUCGCUGCUUUAUGGCGAGCUCUCCUGCUGCGCUUCAAGCAAGCGACUGUCUCCUUGAAGCAGGAUGUCAUACUACCAGGGAAAAGCAAGCCGCUUGAGUACGUCGCAGCCUGGUCUAACACUGGUUUUCUUGAGCUGGACAUACAGCAUCAACCUGCCAAGACAGUCACAAAUAUCGAGAAGCCAGACGGUAUUAGCACCGAUACCGUGCCUACGUUCCUAAACGCCACAAUGCAGGUAUGUGGUAUCAACAGUAAGGAGCAUCUAAUGCGCCUCAAGAGAGCAAGAGGUGGUCUCGGCUCGAGUGCGUCCGAUGACAAGCAGAAGCGACUGGACAAUUUCUUCAAGAUAUCAAAGCCAACGACCUGUUCUGAACAUCAAUGUGGAAGCAAAAAUUGUACCAACUGCUGUCUGACCUCUGCAAAUCUUCCUCAACACCUCAACCUUUUUGGACCCUAA